GUGGCCUGCAGGACAGCAUCGAUUAUGUGCUUGAUGCAUGAUAUGAUUCGACUCUCUUUCGAGGCCAUUCGUGCCGAUUUUAUUUUUUUUUUUUUUUCCCUUUCGCAUUUCUAUAAAACCACAUCUAUGUAUUAUGAAAUUAUGCAACUAUACCCCGCAGCUGAUCCGUGGGCUUUCCCCGGGUAUUUGUAUUUCCUGUCCUGUUCUGCUAUUCUUCCCACUGGGGUCGACGCUCCCUUGUUUCCAGAACUGUGUAUUGCGCCUUUUUAUUUCUUACGACACUGUGUUAUUUCGGGCAUUGUAUCAUCAUGGAUUGAACAGAAACAGCCUGUCAUCCUUGAGGUGGGACUGGAAUGCGACGUUUCGCUCAGAUUGUUAUAUACUAAGAAGUCGAUUAAAGAAAGCGACAAGCAGUAUAGAAGAAGAGAGAGGUGUUUCAUCGCUAGUUGCGAAAUAGGCAAUGAACUUACUGGGUUCGAUCAACCUUCAGAAAAAG